AUGCAUAAAGGACUACUUUUCAUGGCGCUAUUGUGUCUUGGGUGCUGUGUAGUGCAAGUACUCCCAAUAAUUUCGGUGCCCGUGACAGGCGCAGCGGUAGGUUAUAACCUUUACUUAUCUAAUUACCAAAACUACACGUUUGGCGUAUUCGGUAUUUGUGAUAUGGAAACUGGAUUAUGCUCAAAGGCUCGAAUAGGAUAUCCAGGUAUCUUAGGAGGAGCUGACUAUCUGAAUCCUGCAAGUGAAAGUUCGUUUGGUGUGGUAGAGCUUCCUUCCAAGGCACGUUACACAAUCUCUAAACUUCUAGUGGUACAUGUGGUGGGGUUCUUCUUUUCUGGAAUUCUUCUCCUAGUGAUAAUAUCCCUCAUGGUGGUUUAUUCAUAUGAAAAUACUCCAAAACUUAGACUUGUAGACAAGUUUAGAAAAUUUCCUCGACAUUUAAAAAUACCUCAAAAGAACCAUUCGGGGGAUAGUUCUACCAUUGCAGUGAAUGAAAGAAAUACAAACGAGCGGGUAGCCAUGACUGAUGAAGGAUUUCCUAACAGUAUUUUCAAUAAUAAUAACGACAACAGUGAACAUAAACUGGCUAGGAAGUUGUCUUUUCUACCACAAAUAAAAAUUCAACGUCAACUGUCCCACAAGAAAAAAAAGCGAGAUAUUACCCCCUAUUUGAACUUGAUGCUUAUGUUGGCUUUAUUUGCCUUUUUGCUGGCAUUAUUGGGAUUUCUCUCUGAUAUAUUGCUCUUUAUUCCACACUUGAGUUAUUUGGGAUGGUUACAAUUCUAUCCAAUAUUUGCAUCAGCUCUCCUUGCCUCUAUGACUUGCUUUAUGAAAAGAUCAAUAUCUUCUAGAAGGUACCUAGACGACAAUAGGGUAUAUGAGAACGAUGACAUGCGUAUGAGACGAAGUAUAGAUUUUAGCCAUUGGGAAGAUGAUUCUGAUAGUGAUGAUGGAUUCUACGUUUGUACUAAUGGGUUCUAUAGUACCUACAACAACGAAGAAAGGUAUCAUCGACCACGCUCCGCCAGCUCAAAUGGUGGCUGGAGGAGACAUACACCGAGAGGUGAAGCUGAAGGUGAGACGGAAUCCAUAGUAAAUGGGAUAGAAUUAGCUAAUUUGGAAUAUGAUUUGACAGAUGCUGUCAAUCACCGGGUAGCCAUAUGA